AUGGCGUCGUACAUGACCGCCAGCGAGGCCUAUACUCGCGAGAAACAGGCAUCAGACCAAGUCAAUCCCACACCGCAAACAGCCUGGGCUGAUAAGUACCGCGGGGCAACGAUCCAAGACCUCGACCCUCCUCCCGCCCUUUCGGUCUCCCCCGACGACCCCAUCGCUGCAGCGCUCAUGGCCGCCUACGAACGCGACUAUACCCACCUCACCGUCAUCUCCGCCACGAAGCGCUCCCUCCUGGGCUACCUGAGCAUCCCGCGGUUAAAAGAACUGCUGCAGACCGGCGCGGUCAAGGAAACCGACCCCGUCUCCGCGGCCAUGCAGCGCUUCGUUCGGAAACGAGGCAUCUACCAGGUCAUCACGAUGGAGACUCCGCUCGAGGAGCUGGAGCGAUUCUUCGAGACCGACACGGCGCUCAAUGGCGAAAAGCGCGAGAAGCAGCAGUUUGCCGUGGUGACCGAUGCAGCCCGCAAGUUUGUGCUCGGUGUUGCGACCAAGGCCGAUUUGGAGGAGUUUGUCAAGCGAAGACCUACGUGA